AUGGAGCACUGGAACUCCACCCUGGGAGGUGGCUUCAUCUUGGUGGGGAUUCUGAAUGACAGUGGGUCUCCUGGGCUGCUCUGUGCCACAGUCGCCGUCCUGUACAUGCUGGCCCUGACCAGCAAUGGCCUGCUGCUCCUGGUCAUCUCAGUGGAUGCCCGGCUCCACGCGCCCAUGUACCUGCUGCUCGGGCAGCUGUCCCUCAUGGACCUCCUGUUCACGUCUGUCGUCACUCCCAAGGCCCUCGUGGAUUUUCUGCUGGGGGAGAGCACCAUCUCCUUUGGGGGCUGUGCCCUUCAGAUGUUCCUGGCACUGGCGCUGGGUGGCGCCGAGGACCUCCUCCUGGCCUUCAUGGCCUAUGACAGGUAUGUGGCCAUCUGCCAUCCUCUGAGCUACAUGGUCCUCAUGAGACCGGGGGUCUGCUGGCUCCUGGUGGCCACAUCCUGGGUCCUGGCAUCCCUGAAUGCUCUAGGGCACACCCUGUAUACCAUGCACUAUCCUUUCUGUAGGUCCCGAAAAAUCAGCCACCUGCUCUGUGAGAUCCCACCUCUGCUGAAGUUGGCCUGUGCCGAUACCUCCGGAUAUGAGCUCAUGGUGUACGUGAUGGGUGUGACUUUCCUGAUCCCCCCUCUGGUUGCUGUCCUUGCCUCCUAUGCACUGAUCCUGUUUACUGUGCUCCACAUGCCCUCGAGGGAGGGGAGGCGGAAAGCCCUGGUCACGUGCUCUUCCCACCUGACUGUGGCGGGGAUGUUCUAUGGAGCCGCCACGGUCAUGUACGUCCUGCCCAGCUCCCUGCACAGCCCCGGGCAGGACCGCAUCACCUCUGUCUUCUACACCGUGGUCACCCCAGCCCUGAACCCCCUCAUCUACAGCCUGAGGAACAAGGAGGUGCUGGGGGCCUGGAGGAGGGUCCUGGGAAGUACUUGCAAAAAUAAUCCUGCUCAUCUCCCCAUUUUUUUUCUUUAA